AUGGAUGAAUAUAAAGAGGCAAAUUGGGUAGAGAGAGGGGGAAAACAUGGCGCUUGUGAGCUGUAUGUGCAAAAUCCGCAAGGAAUUGCAGUAAAUUCCUUUUUGUUUGAAGAAAAUUUACAACUUGAGGUGGGCUCCAGUCGCCGGCUGCGGGAUUGCGGGGUCCGCAGCGGCCUCGGCUCCCGCCCGGCGUCCAGCCCAACCCCGCCACUGCUCGCUGGGGCCGCCUCCGGAGCCGGCGGGGAGCCCGGCGGGGGAGCCCGGAAGGAGUCCCGGGCGCCGAGCCCCCCGCCGGCGCUGACACCGCCCGCCGGGAGCUGCCGGCCUGCUGCGGUGGCCGCUGCCCCGCGGUUUCGACCCAGUUCCCUCUCCGACACGAGCCGGUGCUGGCCGCCCGGGAUGCGCGCUACUCGGCAGCGCCUAAUGGAUUACUGCAGCCUCCCCGGCCGACCGCCGCCUCCGGCGUGGCAGCUUCCCCGGUUAAGAGCAUACAAGUGCAGAUGCUUGGUUCCUGGAGCAGCGAUAGGAAAGUGA